GUUAGAAACGCAGCCGAUCGUUGUCUGUUGGUCUCGGGAGAGGGGGUGGGGGGUGCUGGGCGAGGGGGACCAGAAGUGGAAGAAGUUUAGCGAAGUACGUUAGGCCCUGAAGAGGUCGCUGCGGGCUCAGGAGAAAAUCAGCCCACAGGUCCUAGCAAGAGACAAGACAUGAAGGAAGGAAGAGGAGGUUCCAGGACCUAGAUAUCGUUAUUUCUGGGGUCACCUUGACUGGUGACCGUGACAUCUAACUGGAAAUUUAGGAUAUAUCUGGAAGAGACAAAGAGAAGAGAGGAGAAUGCUUCAAGCCCAGGAAACCCUGUCAUUCAAGGAUGUGGCCGUGGACUUCACGUGGGAGGAGUGGCAGCUCCUGGCGCCUGCCCAGAAGGCCCUGUACCGGGACGUGAUGCUGGAGAACUACAGCCACCUGCUGUCCGUGGGGUAUCAAGUCCGCAGACCGGACGCGCUGGCUGAGUUGGAACGAGGGGAAGACCCGUGGGCCAGAGAAGAGGAAACCGGCAGUGGUCCGUGUCCGGAAAUUGGCAAUGUUCAUAAUCACCUGCAGGGUCACUGGGAAAAUCAAAGAAUGCUGAAAGAUAUAGAACAAUACCAGGAAUAUAAUGCUUUUGGAAAUCCUGUUCCUCGAAGCAAAAGUCAUUUCCCUUUCAGGCAAAAUCAGGAUAUGUUUGUGUUUGAUACAAAAACUUUGAAGCCAAAUUUAAGUUCAGUCAACCAGAGCAAAAGCUAUGAAAUUAAGAACUCUACCAAAUGUAAUGGAGAUGGGAAAUCAUUUCUGAAUGGCAAGCACGAAGAAUUUCAUUGUGCAGUUAAAUUCCCUGUGACUGCAAAAGCCGUCAGCAGUAAGCCUCAAGUGAUUAAGCACCCAGGAACUCCCAGUGCAGAGAAAGCCCAUGUAUGCAGUGAAUGUGGGAAAGCCUUCAUUAAGAAGUCUCAGCUCACUGAUCAUCAGAGAGUUCAUACAGGAGAGAAACCUUAUGGAUGCAGUCUGUGUGCAAAAGUAUUCUCCAGGAAGUCCAGGCUCAAUGAACAUCAGAGAAUUCACAAGAGGGAGAAAUCGUUUAUAUGCAGUGGGUGUGGAAAAGUCUUCACCAUGAAGAGCCGUCUGAUUGAACACCAGAGAACUCACACUGGAGAGAAGCCCUUCGUAUGCAGUGAAUGUGGAAAAGGCUUCCCAGGGAAGCGUAAUCUCAUAGUACAUCAGCGAAACCACACUGGAGAGAAAUGCUACGUGUGUAGUGAAUGCGGAAAAGGUUUCACUGGGAAGAGCAUGCUUACCAUACACCAGCGAACUCACACGGGAGAGAAACCCUUCACCUGCAGUGAGUGUGGGAAAGGCUUCACCACAAAGCACUAUGUCAUCAUACACCAGCGGAAUCACACAGGAGAGAAGCCGUACACGUGCAAUGAAUGUGGGAAAGGUUUCACCAUGAAGAGUCGUCUGACUGAACAUCAGCGAACUCACACGGGAGAGAAACCCUAUGUGUGCGGUGAGUGUGGAAAAGGCUUUCCCAGGAAGAGCAAUCUCAUUGUACAUCAGAGAAAUCACACAGUAGAGAAAUCCUACGUGUGUAGUGAAUGUGGAAAAGGCUUCACCGUGAAGAGCAUGCUUAUCAUACAUCAGCGAACUCACACGGGAGAGAAACCCUACAUCUGCAGUGAGUGUGGGAAGGGCUUCCCCUUGAAGAGUCGCCUGGUCGUGCACCAGCGAACGCAUACUGGGGAGAAGCCUUACAGAUGUGGCGAAUGUGGGAAAGGUUUCAUCGUGAACAGCGGACUGAUGCUACAUCAGCGAACUCACACGGGGGAGAAACCCUACAUAUGCAAUAAAUGUGGCAAAGGUUUUGCCUUUAAGAGCAAUCUUGUGGUACAUCAGCGAACUCACACCGGAGAGAAGCCCUUUAUGUGCAGUGAAUGCGGAAAAGGUUUCACCAUGAAACGCUAUCUCGUUGUACAUCAGCAGAUUCAUACAGGAGAGAAGUCCUUUAUAUGCAGUGAAUGUGGGAAAGGUUUUGUCUUGGAAAUGGAGCUCCUUUUACACCAGCAAGUUCAUACUGGAGAGAAACCUUAUGCAUGUGAUGAAUGUGGGAAAGGCUUCACUGUGAAAAGCCGUCUUGUUGUUCAUCAGCGAACCCAUACGGGAGAGAAACCUUUUGUAUGCAGUGAAUGUGGAAAAGGUUUCUCUUCAAAGAGGAAUCUCAUUGUACAUCAGAGAACUCAUAGUGGAAACAAACCUUAACAAAGCAAUGAAUGUGGCCACACCUAUGGGAAGGAAAUAUGCCUUGUCUAACAUCAGAGAUUUCACACGGGGUAGACUUCCUUUAUAUGUACUGAGUGUGGAAGAUCCUAUUCAUAAAAUCUUGGUUUCAUCACCCACCAGAAAAUAUACACAGGAGACAAACCGUUUGUAUGCAAUUAAUGUGAGAAGGCCUUCAGCACGAAUUCAGCACCCACUGUACAUUGAAUAACUCAUAAAAGAGAGACUCUGUGGAUUCAGCAAUUGGGUGUAACCUUUCUCUCAUUUGUCGAGCCUUGUUCAUACACACCAGGAACAUAAAGGUCAAGGUACAUAAUCCUUUGCAGAGAAUCUGCACUCAUUAGAGACAAGCGAACUCAUUCAGGGUACAGACCAUGAUAGUUCACUGAACUCAUUAAACAUCAGUGUGUUCCUAGAGUCCUGGAAUACAGUCAGUGUAGAUUCGUCUGUUGCUAGAUUUCACGCUUGGGAGACUGUGGAAUUUGCAUAGGAGUGAAAUCUAAUGAAUGCAGAGAAUGUGCUAGUGCCUUCAGUGAUAUUACCUCACAUUGUACGUCAGAGUUAACAUGCAGGAAAAAGCUCUGAUGCAGUUAAUGCAGAAAAGGCUUGAGAAAACAUUUCUAGGUAAUUAUUUGUCUGAAAGGUCUACGCUAAGAUAAAUCUUACGAAUGGAGAGACUAGGAAAGCCUUCUGUGGGAAUGAAGACCCUGUCUCAUCAGUGAUCAUAAUAGAUCAUCAGUGAGGGGCUGGUGGGUAGAGCUCAGUGGCAGAGCACGUGCUUGGCAUGCACAAGGUCCUGGGUUCAAUCUCCAGUGCCUCCAUCAAGGAAAAAAAAAACCAAAUCACCAGUGAGCUCAUACAUAGUAGCAAUACGAUGAUCGUGGGAAAGCCUUUGCCUGGAAAUAAAACCUCAGUAGUUGUCCAGUAUUCAUGCUGGAGAUGAAUUUUCAGUUGGCAAUGAAUAUGGCAGGAUUUCAGUGAUACAUUCCUUCUCAUCACUUCUCAUGAAGUCAGAGAAAUAAAACUUAAGAACAUACUAAAUAUGGAGUAACUUUAGCAAAUUUUCAGAGAAUUCUGAAGGAAAGAAGCCUCAUGAAAAUGACAUGUACUUAAGUUUUCUAUCACAAGCCUAACCUUAUACACCCAAUGUUCAUUUUGGGACAAGAUAUCUUGAAUCAUAUGAUCCACGAUUCCAUAAUUUUAAAGUACGCUGUUCUCAACGCUGGUUAAAUUUUAAUGUUACACACAAUGCAGUCGUGUUCUGUGGCCAUCUCAUACCAUUAUAUGAUCCACUCUCGCAUUUCUUAGGCUCUAAAUCCAUCUCUUUCAGUCUACUGUGUACUUCAAAAGAAAAAGGAGUAUAUUCGUAAGUGUAAUUCAACAUAUUUGGAUCUAUUUAUCCAAGUUUAUAAGUAGCAUUAAGUAGUUUACAAAAACACCUUAAAUAUGACUUUCCUAAAAUUUGUUUUCAAGUAGUUUUAGACUUGGCAGAAAUUACAAAAUAUACCAAGUUCCUAAAUAACCUUUACUUGGCUUCUUCAGUGGUAUUAUCUCACAUAACCAUAAUACAUCAUCAAAACCAAUAAAAUGACGUUGCUACAAAGCUGUUAAGUAAGCUAUAGGCCUUAUUUGGAUUUCACAGUUUUUGCAUGCACUAAUUUGUGUGAGGUUUGUUUUGUUUUGUUUUUUUGGUAUACAUUUCUAAGGAGUUUUAUCUCAUAGGCAGAUUUCUGUAAAUCCCACCACAAUCAAGAUGCAGAAUUGUGCCAACACAAGGAAACAUCCACCUGCUACCCCUUUCUAGUUACACUGUCUCUGACCCAUGGUGACCACGGAUCAGUACUCCAUCUGUCUAAUUUUGUUAUUUCAAGAAUGCUAUGAAAAUGGAAUCAUACAGUGUGUAACCUUUGAGAUCAGCUUUAUUUCACUUAGCACAUUGCUCUGAAGAUCCAUCCAAUUUGUUGGGUGUAUAAAUAGUUUUACUUUUUGUUACUAAGUAGUUCUGUUGUAUGGAUGUACCAUGGUUUAUCUCUUCACUGUUGAUGGAUGUCUGGGUUGUUUCUGGUGUUUCACUCUUAUGAAUAAAAACCUUCAAACAUU